AUGAUUUUAGAUCAAAAAUCUAAAGGGAAAGCAUUGAGCGCAAAGUUGCAGCGGUAUGUUGUCAGGGAAAGAAAUCAAGAGAUACUUUCCAAGAAAGCAUCUAUACCCACUCGUGAAACUUACAAAGACUAUGGACAUGCAUCGGGGUUUUCUGAUGAAGCUUACGACAGCGGCUCAGAUAGUUAUAGCGGUCAAGAGUCGACAAUGAGCGAAACAGAUUCAUUGAUGGAUAUUGGAAUACAAAUUGAUAAGAUAAAAUAUGGUUCUAUUGUAAUAAUGGCGCGUCCAACUGGACCUUCAUCAUUUCAAAAACUCGAACAGAAUUGCCGGUCAGGGAAAAUUAAGAAUUUCAUUCCACAACUGUUUGUUGGCAAGGCAGUCGGGCGUGUUUUAGAAGCUGGUGAAUACAGAUUGGCAUUUACAAUCUAUUCCAUUCCUACUGCAAACAAACAAGACACCCAAAAGCUUGUUAUGCACUUGGAAAAUGAACAGGAACAUAUUGAUAAGAAGAUGAAGGGAAAAUCGCAACUUCUGGACUUCCUAACAGAAGAACUUGAAAUUACAAAGGACUUUCUACACCUAUUGAAGAAGAAGAAUAUCGUGGACGAAAAUAUAAUGGCAGACUUGUCAAAUUUAAGAUGUCGGAGCCAAAAGACAGCCUUUGUCUUAAAUAAAGUUUUGUCACAUGGAAACAAAGGGUAUAAGGUACUGAAAAAGUAUGUAAAGACGGAAAAUGAGUAUAUCUAUAAGUAUUUGGAAACCAACAGUGAUAUAACGACACCAGCUGACAAUCUACCCUCAAAAAGCAAUUUACAAUAUCCUGAGAAAGACAUUAUUUUCUCUUGCGUAUUUGUAUUAGAAGUAAAGGAUAAAGACAAAGAAGAACAGAAAAAGGAUGAAGAACGGGUGUUUGAUAUUAUUUGUACUACUAUUGAAAACCCAGUCUACAACUUUGCAAUAAUAGAGAAGGAAAAAGCCAAAACUAGAGGCAAGACUUGUACGAAGCAACUUUCAGAAGAUAACAGAUCUAAGGGUGAUAAAGCCAAAACAAGCGAAGAAAAUAAAUGAAAGGGAAGGUUAUUACAUCAUUUAUCUGUUGUUUUAAAACAUUAAAUAUUCCUACAGAUAGUAAAUUGUGGAUUCCUUGGAAGACGCCAAACAUGGCCAAAUUUACUUUUUUUAUAAUUCUUAUACGUAUCUUUCAUGAUAUGCUUUGAAUGCGGAUUUUGUAGUGUUUUAAUAUGAUAUGUACCGCAAAGAUCAAUGUUUACCAAGACAGUGGCCGAGGUCAUUAUUAAUUUUGGUAAUAUUUUUGGAACCACAUAAAGGCGCUAAUGAAAAUACACUACUUUGGUAUUUAUUUACGCGUUUUGCCAACGUUUCAUCAGACAUAUGAUGACAAACUGGAUGUAACAUCAACUAUGAAAACAAAAAUCAACAAGAAUGGGCGGCAUUCAAUGAAUGCAUCCCCCCCAAAACUAGCAACACGGGACCUUCGGCAAGAAGCCCAGCAGGGCAACAAACAAAAACAGAAGAGAGAAAAAGUCAGUGGGUAAAAGUCAUGUCCAUGCGUCCUUUGGUAGCUUACCUGACAUAAUAAUUUUAAAAAGUAAUGUGAAAUUGCUCAGAAAGUUAAGGUUUUACUGAAAAAAGAUCCAUAGACCUGGUCAUCUUCACCGAGGUCGAAGACUUGGAUAUUCAUCGAGAUCUUUAUGCACUAGAUUUUUUUAUAUGACUCGGUAAAAGUUUUUCAAAGUCUAAUUAUCUUCUUCUCAUGCAAAAAAGCCCUUAAAGACGCUGUAACGCAACUAUUCAUGGUUUUAUAUUAUAAAUCUGACGCUCAAAUGAAGACCUGUCAAUAUUGUAAGUUUCAAAAAUAUUAUUUGUAAAGAUAUUACCAAAUUAAACAUGUCAUGUAAAUAAGGGAGGUAAUUAGAAUUUAAUAUUCGAUAACGUCUAAGCUUGGUCUUUUA